CGCAGCAUUUCUCAGGACGUUCGGUGUGAGUAUAUGAGUGCAGCGGCUUUGUUCUCUUAGUAGCGAGUUGGCGAUUGGGUGCGUAUGCUUUUUUUUACACAGGUUUGGGAUCUAAAUUUGAAUGUUUUCAUAAUUUGCAGAAGAAUUUGCUUAAAUGGUGGAAUGUCAUUGCUCGAUUUGCUGUAGCUACAGUUAGAUAAAUAAUUAGGCAUGGUAUAUAGGCUACACUGUGGCGAUUUGUGUGUAAAUGUGAGGAUAAUAUGUAAAUCAAUGAUGAUCAAAGCUUUAUAUACAUAAAUAUAAAAUUGUUGAUAAUUUAGAUUUCAUUGACAAAACGAUGUUUGGCACUGAAGUGAUACUGAAAGCUUAUUGGCCUUAAACUGAUUCAUUUAAUCAAUCAAAUUUGCCUCAACAACCGAAUAUUGUGUGAAUACAAGUUAUGCACAUUACUAGGGAAAUUUAUAAAAAUAAAAAUGAACUUUUUUAGCUUCAUUGUUCAUUUUAAAUACAUUACAAAUACGCCCUUGCCUCUUCUGAUGGAUCAAUUAUAGCCUACUUGAUUUUCCGUGUUUCGCUCCAUCUUGCGCACACUCAUGUCCGCACAGCUAUUUGUUAGUGCGAACACAAAAAUUGGGCUUCACACGGAUGUCCGUGGAACUUCAGAUGACAAAAAUUGUAGAAUGUGGAUGAUGACAUAAGUUUGCGUUAGGCUUAAGACAACAAGCUUUCAGGUUCUUGUACUGUAUGUUUACUAAAAUCAUUUCUUUCUCUUUCUUUCACAGUGUUUCACAGAUAUAUAUUGCGAAAAGGAUUGUUCACUUCUAGUCCAUUUUCUAUAUCAUAUCUAACAUCAAUAUGAGUAAGUCCACCAUUUCUGAGGUUGCAGAUCAGUCUUCAUCUACUGAAUUAGAUGAGCUUACUGCGGCCUUCGCUGCAGGCCGGUGGUGGGCGAUAAUGGAGGUUUCAGACCCCAUACCUGAUAAUUUCGAGUACGAUUACUCUUUCUCAGGCCAGUUGGGGGGAAAAGUAGAGGCAGGAGAAACACCAUGCCCCUCAUCCCUGGUUUUCAAUGAUGAAUCAGAGAAGGCUCAUUCCCAGCACUCGGGCUUCUCAGAUGCAACACUGAAGACCACACGGGAGUGGAGGCAGAAGACCACACUGAAGUGGAGGCAGAGGAGUAAGCAGGGAGCACCCUUUUAUGCCAGAUCCACACAGGAAACACCUGAGCCUGCUAGGUCCACACGAUGUAUGCCCGUCAGGUCCCAACAGAAGUCUUUCUCUGAUGCAACAAUGGCCAUGGACCAGAGGAGAAAGUGGAGGCAGAAAAAGCCAAAGACAGCAUCCUCAAAGGAAGCACCUGAGCCCAUUGAGUUCCUACAAAGAGGACAACUGAUGCCUGAAUAUAUGCCUCCACCCACGUCCAUCCAUUCUCCAAAGAGAGCACCAGUGGCUGCCUCACAUGGAGUACCCAUGCAGGACAAUAUCUCGAAGAGGCAAAAACUAACAUUCCCUGAGCCUGAGAUAGUGCCUGUGUGUCGUGCACAGGGAGCACUUGUUCCUGACAGGAUCCCUGUGAAGAGACAUUUUAAAACCCCUGAGAUGCAGAGGCAGCAUUUGCAAAAUGCCCUAGUGCGAGUGUCUUCCGCAAACCGCAGGAUCCCUAUGGAGCAGAGGGAGAAGUUGAGGGAACAGUGGAGGCAGAGGCGGAAGCAGAAUUGCCCAAAGGGAGCCAAGACCCCACAGAAAAGACCUGCUUCACCCAGGUAUCCCGAGAGAGCACCCACGUCCAGAUGGAGUAAGAGGGUUUGUCUACGGAACACAGAAGCUUUUGACAACGGACCUCCACAAAAACUUUGUGUGGAACUGAGGCGCUACAACCAUCAGGACCCUCAGAAAUCUCCUUCACCACCAAACCGGAGAAAUCGGGACAGACUUCAGCACAGGUCCCAGCCGACCCGUAAAAGAGAUAUGGAUGACAGUGCAGGAGAGGAGAUGUCACAGCCACAAAAAAAGCCGCGGAUGGCAAUCAAAUUCAACAACCAACGAUCGGGUCCAGGCAUCUUUGACCAAAUUGAACAUUUAUGUUGUUUAUUUGCAAAAUUUUGUGUAAUUUGAAAGAUUUAAAUACUUAUUGUAAUUAAACAUGUCUA